GCCGGCGGAGCUCCCGCCCUUUCUCCCUCCCCUCGGCCCGUCGCGGUCGGCCGCUGCCGCCGCCCCCGUGGCGGGAAGGGAGUGGGCGCGGGGUCCCCGCCGCCGGGGUCCCGCCGCCGCCGCCGGCUCUCAUUUGUGAAAGAAGCCUUGAGUCGUCUCCUCGAAAGAAUAGCAGUUUGACGAAAAUGGAAAACGCCGCCAACGCCGAAGAGCGCGAAGCAGAGAAGAGCUGUCUUGAAGAUGCAGAGCGUCCCGCAGCAGCGGUCUCUGACGUCCCUGAGGAAAAUACGACUCCGUCAGGCAGCGAGCCUCCUGCCGAGCCUGAAAAGGAGCCAGCCGGCGACCAGGGAGGCUCACCGAGCCAGGGAAAAUCAGAGUCUGAAGAGGUCCCAGAAAAGGAACCUCCUCCCGGGGAGGAGGAGGAUGAGGAGGCUGCUUCAAGAAAUAGGAAGUUGGAUACUGAAGGUGAGCCUGAACAGGGAGCUGCAGGUGACGAAGAGGUCCCUCCGCAAAAGAGGAAAUUGGAAGGUGACGAUGUUCAGGGAGAAGCAGCCUCUGGAGAUGGAGAAGGCACACCGUCGAAGAAGCCGAAAACGGAAACCGAAGAGGGUUCUGAAAAGGAAAAAGGCUCAGAAGAAGGCCAUGGAUCCACGGUGGCCGCCCACUACAACGAGCUUCAGGAAGUCGGGUUGGAGAAACGGAGCCAGAGUCGCAUCUUUUACCUGCGAAAUUUUAACAACUGGAUGAAGAGCGUGCUCAUCGGGGAAUUUAUAGAGAGGGUGCGGCAGAAAAAAAAGCGGGACAUCACUGUGCUGGACCUGGGUUGUGGCAAAGGGGGAGACCUGCUCAAAUGGAAGAAGGGCAAAAUCAACAAACUGGUUUGUACUGAUAUUGCCGAUGUUUCGGUCCAGCAGUGUCAGCAGCGGUAUUCUGACAUGAAGAGUCGCCUUCGUGAGACUGACUACAUGUACGAUGCCGAAUUUGUAGCAGCGGAUAGCUCAAAGGAGCUCUUGGCCGACAAAUUUAGUGAUCCAGAGAUGCGCUUCGACAUCUGCAGCUGUCAGUUUGCCUACCAUUACGCGUUUGAGACAUAUGAACAGGCUGAUAUGAUGCUUCGAAAUGCUUGUGAGAGACUUGGCCCAGGAGGCUAUUUUAUUGGGACAACUCCAAAUAGUUUUGAGUUAAUAAAACGCCUGGAAGCUUCUGAUUCCGAUUCAUUUGGGAAUGACGUAUACACUGUAAAAUUUCAGAAGAAGGGCGAAUAUCCCCUCUUUGGCUGCAAAUACGAUUUCAAUUUGGAAGGGGUCGUGAAUGUUCCCGAAUUUUUGGUUUAUUUUCCUUUGCUAACUGAGAUGGCAAAGAAGUACAACAUGAAACUGGUCUUCAAGAAGACAUUUUUGGAAUUUUAUGAAGAAAAGAUUAAGAAUGUGGACAAUAAAAUGCUCCUGAAGCGAAUGCAGGCUUUGGAGCCAUAUCCUGCGAAUGAGCAUUCCAAACUUGUUUCUGAUAAUAUGGAAGAUUAUGAACAUGCAGUUAAGUAUAUUAAAAAUGGCCAAACCCGAAUGCCUUUGGGUACCUUGAGCAAAUCAGAAUGGGAAGCUACAAGUAUUUACUUGGUCUUUGCAUUUGAAAAGCAACCGUGAAAAUUUGCAUCCUGGAUGUCACCAGAAGUUCAAUUCCAUCCUUGUACAGAUAUGAAUGAUUUGAAAUCAGCUGUGGCAACUUUAUUUUAUUUUAAUUUUUUUUUUUAAUUCCUACAAGCGUGCAGGACACUGCCAAAAAAAAACUAGGGCAAGCAAAUGUGUCUAAGGUACAGUUGCCUGUCUGUGACAGAUGGACUUUGUGUGUAUAUAAGAACGAGCCUGGGCCUAUCUACAUCUUUUUAAGCCUAUUUUUAAGUAAUCCGCUUGCUUUCAGAAGUGUUCAGAAAACAUCAUUUGAUUUUUUUACAUCGACCCAGUAGUUCCCAAAAUUUGUGUUAGUCUAACUUUUUAACCAGCUGAGAGCCAUUACCACGAUGCUCCAGUUCAUUCAGAAAUGUUGUACGUUUACAGUAUUUCAUUUUAUUGAAAUUGCUGAACGUGGGGGGGAAGUUCCACGCUUUUUUUGGGUGCGUGCUCGCUGGUGUGGAGUAGUCUUACGUUGUGUUACCAAGAUUAAAUGAAUUUACGUUCUGUACAAUUAAAAGUUAGUGUUAUUCUGGAUGUGUUGAUUACGAUAGGAUGCUUUCAAAUAUAAAUUUUAGAAAGUCUUAAAAUUCUAGGUGAGUCAUUUAGCCAUUUCCUUAGUGCAGUUUAGAUUCUAGCUAAAAAGUAGUUACUGUUUGCUGACAUAUUAUGCUACUGAAAAUGGAUAAAAAAUAUUUUAGCUGCAUAGAUUAGAAUUGAUUUAGAAUUUGUAGGCUUUCUCCAGUACUGUCUGUGACUUUUUUUUUUUAAGCAGUAAUUUUGAGUGGAAUGUGUACUGCCUUCUAAAUUUGUUUUGAGAAGUGGAACUACCAAAAUAAUUAUUUCCAAACUGUUACUCAUAAUGGGUUGUAGAUUCCCCUCACUGAGAACACAUGGUUAUGCUGAAAAUAGUCUCCUCCUUUAUCUCUAAAGAUUGUGUCUGUCUCGCUCCCGUGGCGGUGAUUUGAACUUUAUCCCUCUUGUGUGGAUUUAAGAUGCCGUAUUCAUUUCUUUAUAGCAAUUAAAAAGAAUGUCUCUUGGCAUAAGCCCA